AUGGCGAUAAAGAGAGCACACAGAGAACUUGCACGACUGGGAAGGGAACAAGAGAUAAACAACGCUACUAUUGUUUCGGUUAUUGAGGAAAGGCUAUCGGAUGAAGUCCAGAAGGAGUGGAUAAAAACAGCGACUGGAGAACAGAGGGUAGAGAUAUCGCGAAACAAAUUCCCAGCACUAUUGAAAUUACUCUUAACCAAAUCUCCGGAAGAAAGAGUUGAUCUAACCAAAAAGUAUAACUGUUUUUAUAAUUGUUUUGCAUGUCUUGAAGUAGGACAUGUGGCUAACAAUUGCAAGAGAGGAUUCAAAUGUCGCGAAGAGGAGUGUGGAUUGCCCCAUCACCAACUUCUACAUGAAGCGCACGCUUCUGGAGCUGUAUUUCAUGGUCGCUCAUUCGCUCAAAAAAGAGAGGUCAUUCUUCAAGUCCAGGAAGUAACAUGUUACAGUAGAGGCAGUAACAAAAAUAAAAUAAAUGUCCUGUGGGAUGGAGGAAGCACUAUUUCACUAAUUACUUUCGACGCAGCCAGAAGACUAAAUUUGAGCGGAAGGAGUACAAGACUGGAGAUAACAAAAGUCGGUGGAGAAGUUUCUCUUAUCGAAUCUAUGAAAUACAAUGUUACGCGCAUUGAUGAGAACAAUCGGCAUGUUCGAUUUAAUGUCUUAGGGAUUGACGUUAUUUCUAAUGACAUUGCUGGAUUGCACACGAAUGACAAUCCUGAACUGACAGCAGACAUUCCACAUACCAGUAUUAACAGACCGCAAGUUGGAGGUCGUAUAGAUUGUCUCAUUGGAUACGACUACGCGGCUUUCCAUCCAGUGCCGAUAAAAGUUGCAGGACAUUUACUUGUACUUCAGAAUAGAUUUGGCCGCCUAGUAGGUUGUUGCCAGCCAGUGAGAAAAGGUGUAUUUAAUAAAAGAGUGGAAAAUGCACAGGUCUGCCAUGUUCAAGGGCAUCUAAACAAAUUCUUUUCUAUUGAAAGCUUAGGAAUUCAGUGUACACCUAGAUGUGUUUCUUGCAAAUGUGGAAACUGUCAUCCAGGGGGAAAGGAUAUGACACUGAAGGAAGAGAGAGAAUACAGGCUAAUUGAAGAUAACUUAAAAUAUGAUAAAACCGAGAAAAAGUGGGAGGCGGCUUAUCCAUGGAUAAAGAACCCCCAUGAACUUCCAAACAAUAGAUCGGUUGUGCUAGCAAGGUUACAGUCAACCGAAAAACGCUUACUAAAGAACUUAGAACAUGCUGAUACUUACAAUCGACAGAUUCAAGACAUGAUUAAAAGGGGAGCUUCCAGAAUAGUCAGUACGGAAGAAUUGAAUCAGUAUCGCGGACCAAUUCAUUACAUUUCUCACCAUGCCGUCCUUAAGCCGGAUUCUAAAAGUACACCGUGUAGAAUUGUAUUUAACAGCAGUGCCAACUUCCACGGCCAUGUCCUCAACGAAUAUUAUGCUAAAGGCCCAGAUAUGCUGAACACGUUGCUGGGGGUCUUGCUGAGAUUCAGAGAAAAUCGUGUAGCCCUUCUUGGCGAUAUAUCAAAAAUGUUUCACGCUAUAAAAAUACCAGUUCGUGAUCAGAUGACACACUUGUUCUUAUGGCGAGAUCUUCAGACAGAUAAAGAACCAAACACGUAUGCGAUGACAGCUGUAAAUUCUGGAGACAAACCUUCCGCGACUAUGGCUAUGGUCGCCCUACGAAAGACGGCAGAAAAGCAAAGGCAGAACUACCCCAUAGCGUGUAAAGCAAUUAUAGACAACAGUUACAUGGAAGACAUCACAGACAACGUUGAUAACGCAGAGGAAGCAAUUCAGCGAACUCGGGAGAUCGAUAUCAUUCUUGCAACGGGUGGUUUUAAGAUUAAGGAAUGGACGAUAUCUGGGUUAGAGAAACCAGGUAGUAAUGGAACUCAUCCAAUUGUAAAGUCAACGCCUCUACCGAUUCCAACAGACUUCAAAGCCAUUAAGAUUCACAAGAAGAGAGAUAUUAUCAAUGAGAGAUAUUAUGAAUGGCGUGAAUUCUUUCAAGUGCUACCUGAAUUACAAAGGAUUUCUUACCCGCGAGCCAUCAAACCGAAGAAAGCUGUUGGAGAACCUACAUUAGUCAUAUUUUCUGAUGCAUCUGGAACAGCAUAUGGUGCCGUGGCUUACGCCAGAUGGGAACUGAUUGACGGGUCAUUUGGAAGUAGAAUCAUUGUGGCUAAGAAUCGAGUCGCACCUAUAAGGAUAAUUGACAUUGUGCGCUUGGAGUUAAUUGCUGCUGUUUUAAGUAAGCGCAUCAGAUGCUUUAUCGAAAAGGAGACUAAAUUGAAGUUCUCAAAAGUGUAUCACAUAGUUGAUAGUGAAAUAGUCAAAGCGAUGAUCUCGAAGGAAAGUUAUGGUUUCAACACAUUUGCUGCAAACAGAAUUGGCGAAAUACAACACUCUACCAGUCCAUCAGAAUGGUUUUGGGUGAAGGGAUCUCUAAACAUAGCUGAUUGGAUCACCAGGGGAAAACAUCCAAAAGAUCUCAAAAGGGAAAGCAUUUGGCAGACCAGACCACGAUUUUUGUCUCGAUGCGUUGAUAACUGGCCCGUUCAAAGUACCACCACCAUAAAAGAAUUACCAGAAUGUCCAAAGAUUUCUUUUGUCGCUGUGUCCGAUGGUCAGUGUGUAGAAACUUUAGCUGAGAGGAUCGAUAUUGAGCGCUUCAGCAAACUCGAGCUACUUAGAAAUACGACAUCAAGAAUCCUAAGAUUAUACAAAAGAUUCCUGUCGACCAACCAAGGUAGAGAAAUAGGCAAAGGCGAGCUGACAAUAGAGGACCGGCAAUAUGCAGACAAUUUUUGGAUCAAGGAAGCUCAGAGAACUAUCGAGGACGAAGUUAAGAAGGGAAAGUAUAUUAAGCUGUGUCCGAAGUAUGAAGAUGAAAUUCUGGUGGUGGGUGGUCGGACAGAGCGAUGGAUGGAGGCGACGUGGAACAAGCAAAAGAUCAUCCUUUUACCAGCAAAUCACAGGCUAUCCUAUCUUAUUGCCCCAACAGAGCAUAAGUUGAGUGGACACUUGGGGAUAUCAGCGGCGAUAUCAAGAAUUAGGUCGCACUACUGGAUCAUUGGAGUGAGAGCCUUAGUGAAAGGAAUACUGUCGCAAUGUGUUAUCUGUAUAAGGAAACGCAAGGAAAAGAGUCUUCAAGUCAUGAGUAGCCUCCCUGUUGAGAGACUUCGCCCGUCGCCACCGUUUAGUUCAACCAGUUUGGAUUUCUUUGGACCAUACCUCAUUCGUGGCGAAGUUCAAAAACGAGUCAGAGGAAAGUGUUAUGGUGUAAUAAUGACAUGUAUGGUGUCAAGAGCAGUUUACAUCGAUUUAAGCCACGACUACUCGACAGAUGCUUUUCUUCAAGUGCUACGACGAUUUUCUAGUUUACGGGGUUGGCCGCGCAGGAUUUACAGCGAUCCAGCUUCCCAGCUUGUGGGGGCAUCUAACGAACUAAAGACUGCAAUUCAAGGUAUGAGCCAGUCGUCGAUUCAGCGAUAUGGUCUAAAAUACAACACGACGUGGAGGUUUUCUCCAGCCGAUGGCCCAUGGUUCAAUGGUGUGACAGAAGCUUUAGUGAAAUCAGUGAAACGAGUACUAAAUGCAACAAUCGGAGAGCAAAUUAUGACGUUUAGCGAACUACAAACCGUCAUGUUUGAAGUGGCCCAAAUUGUUAAUCAACGGCCAAUCGGUUCACACCCAACGACACCGGAUGGCUCUUAUCUAUGCCCCAACGAUCUUAUUUUAGGGCGGGCUUCUAACAAAUCGCCGCAAGGGCCAUUUAAAGAAAGAAUUAGCAACAAACAUAGGCUCGACUUUAUUGAAGCUGUAGUUAACUCAUUUUGGAAGAAGUGGUCCCGCGAUGUUUUCCCCAACAUGAUCAUGCAACCCAAAUGGCAUCUUGCGAGGCGUAACGUGCAAAAAGAUGACGUUGUACUUAUCCAGGACAGUAACGCUAUCCGAGGAGAAUGGAAAAUGGGAGUGGUCACAGAGACACAUCCUGGAGACGACGGAAAGGUGAGACGUGUAACUGUAUCUUACAAAAACAUUCGCAACGAGAACGACGCUAACAGCUACGGAGGUAUUCGAUAUACGAGAAUAGAACGACCAGUUCAAAGACUAAUAGUGCUUAUUCCGGCCGAAGAGAGACAAACUAUAGGCUGA